AUGGCUUCUCAACACCAGACUGUCCUCGUCACCGGCGCCUCGGGCACCCAAGGUGGACAUGUUAUCAGAGAACUCAUCACUGCUUCGUCUAUCCAUCCUGAUACUUCGCUCACUAUCCACGCCCUGGUCCGUGACCCAAAUUCUUCCGCCUCUCGAGAUCUACUGGCUCUAGACUCGUCCAAAAUCAAACUUUUCAAAGGCAACUUCGACGACAUAGGCUCGCUGUCCCGCGCCGCUCAAUAUUGUACCACGGUCUUCCUCAACGUCACCCCAGUCUUCGUUGACCCCUCGGGUGAACUCCGUCACGCUCGCAACAUCCUCUCCGCCAGCCUCGCAGCAGGCGUCAAAUACGUCAUCCUCGCGUCCGUCGCCGGCCUCGACGAAAGCAAGAACUCUCCCAGUCUCGACGCUUACCCCUUUUUCAAGACGUACUUCGCCAACAAAGCCGCCAUCGCUGAUAUGGUCCGACAACCGCCUUUUCCCACCCCAGAAGGCUACACAUAUACUAUCCUCGAGCCCGCCACGUUUCUAACGAACUACCUCCCACCCGCUCAGACCGUGAUGUACCCAACCCUCACAGCUCCCGAGCCUACAUUCCACGUCGCGUACACGCCUACACUGAGCAUGUCGCACCUCGAUCCUGCCGACAUCGGACGUUUCGCGGCAAGGGCUAUCUACGCUCCCGCCGAGGAGUUUACUCGCUUGUUCGCCAACAAGGCCAUCCCCAUUGCGAGCGUGAACAUGACCAUCUCCGACGUCGCGGAGGCGCUGACCCGUGCUGCCAAGCACAAGAAGACUGUUAGGGUAAAUUAUCUUUCUCCCGAGGAGGUGGCGGCCCAAAAGGAUGCGAAUCUCUUCAUCGAGGGUCAGCUCAUGCUUAAUGGGCGCGAGUAUCUGGUUCAUCUGGAAAAAGUCAGGAGUUAUGGGAUCGAAUUGGGCAGUGUCGAGGGAUUCUUUGAGCGUGAGAGGGAGAGACUGGCAAAGGCUUUGGCAUUGUAG